CUCGAAGUGUCAGAACCGUCAGAACGUAGGCAUAGGGUGGAGAGUCAGUUUGUCGUCAACUUCUGAGGAAGAAUAAGUAUUUUCGGUCACAGUGAUGAUCAUAGACGGGGAAUGGUCACUCUCGGAUUGGGUCAUCCUGCUAACAGGUGUAUUAACAGUACUGUACCUAUUGGGAACGUGGAAUCACAAUCACUUCAAGAAGAGGAACAUUCCCUAUGUCAAACCUCUUCCAUUUUUCGGCAACAUGAGACCAGCAAUAUGCAGUAAGAACAAGGAGCACUUCCCUGAUUACAUUCUGAGAAUGUACAGGCAGCUGGAAGAUCACCCUUAUGGGGGGGUGUUCAGCUUUAUGCAGCCCGUGAUCAUACUUCGGGAUCCUGAGCUCAUCCAAAGGGUCACAGUGAAGGACUUUGAUCAUUUCACGGAUCACCGAUCUUUCUUCGAUGAGGCUACAGAGCCACUCUGGGGUAAAUCUCUCUUCAAUUUGUCAGAUGAGCGCUGGAGGAACAUGAGAUCCAUACUGAAUCCUGCCUUCACAUCCAGUAAAACGGAGGCCAUGUUUGGGCUGGUAUCGCAGUGUUGCCAACAGAUGGUAGAGUUCCUUGAGCAGUGCUACCAACAGCCACCUGAACAGGGCUGCUUUAUUCAGAGAGAUUUCGAAAUGCUGGUGCUCGAACUGAAAGAACUGUAUGCCAGAUACACCAAUGAUGUGAUCGCUAGAACUGCAUUUGGAAUUGAAAUCGACUCUUUCAAGAACCCGACAAACGAAUUCUAUAUGAUGGGACAGAAAGCUUUUAAAAUUGGUCAUCUUCGAAUGAUGAAAUAUUUUGGUUAUCUGAUCUCUCCAAAACUCAUGCAGUUGCUUGGUGUCAACAUCAUACCGAAGAAAGUCACCGACUUCCUCAGAUCAACGAUUUAUGAAACUGUUUUAACACGGGAGAAGGAAGACAUCGUAAAACCAGACAUGCUCCAACUACUCACACAAGCCAUGAAAGGAGUCCUUACAGAUGAGACCUCCUCGGAAGAAAGAAAGAAGACCGACAAAUCAAAUGAAAUGGAUAUGGACGACAUAGGAGCUCAAGCCCUUAUGUUCUUCUUGGCGGGUUUCGAAACGACUUCCACGCUUCUGUGCUUCGCCUCUCAUCAGUUGGCCGUCCAUCCGGAUAUACAGAAUAAGCUUCAGGAGGAGAUUGAUGCAACUCUACAGCAGCACGGAGGGAAAAUCACACACGAAGCAGUACACAGUAUGAAGUACCUGGACAUGGUCGUGUCGGAGACGUUACGGAUGUUCCCACCUUCUGUGGUCGCUGAUCGACUCUGCGUGAAACCGUACUGCCUGGAAGCAGACCCUCCUGUCGAACUGAAACCUGGAGACACUAUGUUCAUUCCAAUCUAUGGACUGCAUCAUGAUCCUGAGCACUACUCCAAUCCCGAGCGCUUCGACCCGGAACGGUUCAGUGAUGAAAAGAGGCAGAAUAUCAACCCUUUUGCAUACCUCCCCUUCGGUUCAGGGCCACGAAGCUGUAUCGGCAAGCUGUUCGCGCUGAUGGAAUCCAAACUGGCGCUGGCAUAUCUGCUGUCCCGGUUCAACCUGAGUGUGGUCCCCAAGACACCAAUGCCUUUGAAAAUAAUACAGACAGGAUUUAACAUAUCCGUGAAAGGAGGUUUCUGGUUUGGUCUGCAGCCGAGAAAUUCUUGAAAUGCAGCCUCAGAAAUGGUGCCUUUCUCCCCAAGAAAUUCACUGCAUUUAUUUAUUAACUUUUAUAUUAUGCCUACUAAUUUUCUUGACAAAUGAAAUUAAGAUCUAAUUCAUUGCUCAAAUGUUGAUAUUCGCGGUUCUAUAUUUGACUGGGUCUGUUUGUGAGAUCCCACCGAAUAUUCUAGACUUAGUUUAACAUUUUAAAAACUACAUUUAACGUUAGCCAUUUGCAUGGUAUAUCGCCUUGUUCUUAACCAGUAAUCAAGUGAAAUAUUUUUUGUUUGAAAAUAAUUUUGAGAUAAUAUGGUAGGGCUCUUGGCACAGCAACGUUUAUCUCAAAAGAGCUUUAGCAUUUCUAGCGCGUAAUUCUGAGAUGGGGUUUCACAUUUAAAAGGUAAAAAGAAAAAAACUUGGCAUUUUGCCUACUGAGCAUGUUAAAUAUACAUUAAAAUUUCGCAUAUGAUAAAAGAGAAAACGUGAAGUAGUUAAUCAAUCAUUAGACCCCGAAGCCGCACAGGGGGAUGAUGUGUAGUUCCAUACAAUUGUAACACCAGCAUUUCAAAGAGAUGAGUGUUCAGGUUCACGCCUCGGCCGUUUUAAUACCGGAAAAGACUCCCCAGCACCAGUUGGAUAGCAAGCCACCUGGACAAGACACCGAUGAACACAAUAUCUGCCCACGCCAGGAAUUGAAACCCGGAUCCUCUGCCAUCCAGCCGAUAUUUUAGUCACUAUACUGAGCUAUCAUGGCUUCUUGGGUUUUGUUACGGUAGUUUGAAUAAAUAUUGUUUAUUUCUGUACACAGCAUUAUUCGAUUAAUCUUUGUGAUUGAGACACAUUAUAUUUUGUGUACGCUAU